CCUCGCCCCUCGUUACCGCGCAUGCGCCGAGGCAGAGCUGCGCCUGCGCGCCGCCGCGCGCCGGCCUCAUGCGCUCCCGCUCCGAGCCGGCCGGCAGCAGCGCGCGCUCCGUCUCGCUGCCCGCGCGCCACGCAGCUUCCGCGCGCCGCCUCGGCGGGAACAGCGGGGCAGAUGAAGUACAUCCUGGUGACGGGCGGCGUGAUCUCGGGCAUCGGCAAGGGGAUCAUCGCCAGCAGCAUCGGCACCAUCCUCAAGUCCUGCGGGCUGCGCGUCACCUCCAUCAAGAUCGACCCCUACAUCAACAUCGAUGCCGGCACCUUCUCCCCCUAUGAGCAUGGCGAGGUGUUUGUGCUGGAUGAUGGAGGGGAGGUGGAUCUGGACCUUGGGAACUACGAGCGCUUCCUUGAUAUCCGACUCACCAAAGACAACAACCUGACUACUGGGAAGAUCUACCAGUACGUCAUCAACAAGGAGAGGAAGGGAGACUAUCUUGGCAAAACUGUCCAAGUUGUACCCCACAUCACAGAUGCUAUACAAGAAUGGGUGAUGAGGCAGGCACGGAUUCCUGUAGAUGAAGAUGGCAUUGAACCCCAAGUUUGUGUGAUUGAGCUCGGUGGGACAGUAGGUGAUAUUGAAAGCAUGCCUUUCAUUGAAGCUUUCCGUCAGUUCCAGUUCAAAGCCAAAAGAGAGAAUUUUUGUAACAUUCACGUCAGUCUAGUUCCUCAGCCGAGCUCUACAGGAGAGCAGAAGACUAAACCCACCCAAAACAGUGUUCGUGAACUCCGAGGUCUUGGUCUCUCACCAGAUCUGAUUGUUUGCAGGUGCUCCACUCCAUUGGAUACCUCAGUAAAAGAAAAGAUUUCCAUGUUCUGUCACGUUGAACCAGAACAGGUCAUCUGCAUUCAUGAUGUCUCCUCAAUCUACCGGGUUCCUCUGUUGUUAGAGGAGCAGGGAGUUGUUGACUACUUCAGGCACAGGCUCGACCUCCCCAUCGAGCGGCAGCCCCGGAGGAUGCUCAUGAAGUGGAAGGAAAUGGCUGACAGGUAUGACCGUCUCCUUGAAACAUGUUCCAUUGCGCUUGUUGGCAAAUACACCAAGUUUUCAGAUUCCUACGCAUCUGUCAUUAAAGCACUGGAGCAUUCCGCACUGGCGAUCAACCACAAACUCGACAUUAAGUAUAUUGACUCUGCUGACCUGGAGCCAGAUACUCUGCAGGAAGAACCUGUCCGGUACCACGAAGCGUGGCAGAAGCUGUGUGGUGCUGAUGGAGUUCUGGUUCCUGGUGGAUUUGGUGUUCGAGGGACAGAAGGCAAAAUUCAAGCUAUUUCCUGGGCGAGGAAACAGAAAAAACCCUUCUUAGGAGUGUGUUUGGGAAUGCAGCUGGCGGUUGUGGAGUUUGCGCGCGGUGUUCUUGGUUGGCAAGAUGCCAACUCGACAGAAUUCGACCCCAAAACUGCUCAUCCAGUGGUCAUAGACAUGCCGGAACAUAAUCCUGGGCAAAUGGGUGGAACCAUGAGGCUUGGCAAGAGAAGAACACUCUUCCAAACCAAGAAUUCCAUCAUGAGGAAGCUGUAUGGAGAUCAUGAUUUCUUGGAAGAGAGACACAGACACAGAUUUGAGGUCAAUCCAGAACUGAAAAAGUGUUUUGAAGAGCAAGGGUUGAAGUUCGUAGGCCAGGAUGAGGAGGGAGAGCGAAUGGAAGUGGUUGAGUUGGAAGAUCAUCCUUUCUUCGUUGGUGUUCAGUAUCACCCUGAGUUCCUCUCCAGACCAAUUAAGCCAUCUCCCCCCUACUUCGGCCUCCUCCUGGCGUCUGCGGGAAGGCUCACGCACUAUCUCCAGAAGGGCUGCCGGCUCUCGCCCAGGGACACGUACAGCGACAGGAGUGGCAGCAGCUCCCCUGACCUGGAGAUGACAGAGCUCAAGUUUCCAUCAGUAAAUCACGACUGAAUCCUGAUGUGUCUUCGCUGAAGAGUCUUUAGAUUUUCCAGGCGUUCCUACAGCAAUAGCUUGAACACUGUCAGCUCUGGGCUUUCUUAAGUUAUGAGUUUGUAAUUUUUGUUACGAAAUCCUGUCCCUUUAUUUCCUCAACUCUUCUGUCUUUCAUUUAUUUUCUGUGUAGAUUCUGUUAGUUUCUGGAGGAGAGCUCAUUGCAGCACGUGUGUCUCUAGACUCUUAAUUAGCACCAUCUUGGAGAUGAAAAGCAAAUUCGGGCAUAGGAUUUGAUGUGCUGGGUUGCACGUUUCCUUCCUAACGCACAUUAACGCCGGUGUGAGUCUGUAUCCCGGACACCGGGCUGCGUUGCUUUCUCUUGCCUUUCCCUGGGCAAUCGCAUCGCUUAGCGCUGAAAUCCCACGGGUGACACUGGAUUUGGGGACUCGCUCAGUUCUUGAGCUGAGCUGCACAGGAUGGAUCUGGCCAGCUUUAUGCAGCCUUUCUUCUUUUUUGAGGGGCGAGGGGACAUUUGUUCUAUUUUUAUUUUAUUUUAAUUUCCUCCAGUGCUAUUUAAAAACAUUUGGCAUGGGUGGUCUUGGUGCAUUCAGUGCCAGCAAUGAAUUUCUAACCAGGGAAAGUCUUCCUGGAAUGGAAUAGUUAAUCUGGAAGAUGAUCAGCUCUAGCUGUGAUAUCCCAUGGUGCAGGGAUGCAAUUAACUUGGAUCAUGUGGAAGGAUAAAUUAGAAAGAAAAACUGUCAGGAAAGGCCGUGGUGGCUGAAGCGAGUGUGUCCUGUGCCCGUGGUGGCUGAAGCGAGUGUGUCCUGUGCCCGCGGUGGCUGAAGCGAGUGUGUCCUGUGCCUGCGGUGGCUGCUGCUGCUUCUCGGGCUGGGAAACUUCACCUCCUUGCAUCAAGGGGGAGGCACAGAACACAAAGUGAACCGCGUUCCGUGCUGCCUUGAAAAGCUCCUGCUGUGAUUUGCCUUGGACUCUUGGUGCUUCUUGGGGUGGGUUGGCGCCGUGCGUUGCCUUUCCGUACCGGCGGAGCCGCGUCCCGCGCUGGACGCAGCACAGACGUGUCGUUCCUUUGCUGUAGCUCCAGAUCUGCGCUGUCCUGCGGGGAUGAGCUCGGCUUUGCAGUUCUGGGCUGGGAAACGCUCGCGCUUUCUGCUUUUUUGGCCUCAUGCUGUAAGCACCGUGGGUUUUGGCCUUGGGGAAUGUAGAAGAAAGGCAGACAGUGUCUCGGUGUCUGGUUUAUGUUCAGAACGCUUGAGUUUGUUAAAGCUGGAACUGGCUGAAUACUAAUUUCCGUGUUGUCUGACGCCUAUCUUAAUUAAACACUGUCCUGUCUCAUCUUAAACGAUCUCUUCCACAGCUCUUCUUGCUUUAUUCCUCAAAUAUAAGCUGCAAAGCUGCUUUUAGCCAGGAAAGCUCUGAGCACUCUGUGUGUGUGCCAAUUACAAGAGUAAUGGCAGCAAGAUGUGCUCGGAACCUGGGCCGUGGAGGGGCUGCGAUUGUUCUGUAUCUGUAGCACAACUUCUGUUUUGUUUUCUUUCACCUGAAAUGUGUUUGUUUUGGCCAAAACUCUGCAACUGACUUGGUCAUUAAAUGCUUAUUUGUAAUAAAAUGAGUAACUAGCCAA